GGCCAUGACUAUUUGGCUGAUCGGCAUCUUGCUCCUCUGGCUGAGGCCGGAAUCACCCAUGUCGGCCCAGUCAUGCAUCCCAACGGAAAAUACUAUAUCUACUCAAAUCGGUCAUUCACUCAUGAUCCUCCUCAGUCGAUUGACGAUUUCGAAGUAGGAGAAAAAACAGGAGUAAAUGGAGAAGUUGAAAAGUACUUUCACUUCGAUGCCACCCAUUCAAAUAAUGUGUCUGCACCUCUAAAAUCAUUGGUUGAUAGGGUCGGCGGCAGCUCUCUGAAAUUAAAUUAUUCACCUAAAUAUACGAGUCAAAACAAUAUCCCUCUACUGUUCUCCGAAUUUGGAGAAGGUUCUGGGGACGAGCAGAACCCAUUGCUACAACCUAUAUCUGUCAAUGGUAACCGUGAUGCUAUCAGUGAUGACGUUGCUGUUGGCUCCGGGAUAGAGUCAGAAUGCCAGAUGAUCACAGACUCUGUACCUCAGGGACUGCUUGCACGUCUGACUGCUUGGGUAGCUUCACUCAGGAACAGCAAGAAUGGACCUGUGACAGCGCCUGCUUCUGGCAAAACGGCUUCAAUGCACCCUUUACCACAAAGGCUAAUCAGGCCAACCGAGCAAUCAGACUCCUUGCUUAGCUGCAUCGAUGGGGCCAAUGGCGAGACUCACACCUGUGACAUUCAAAAUUCUGCUGGUGAGCGCAACGUGGCUCUUGAACGCCAAUACAUUGCUGGGAAGGAUCCCUUAAGCCUAAAACGACGUACUUUCUGGGGUCGCGAGUUCCACGAUUUUGAUUCAUUUCGCAACAUUAGUGGUGAUUACGGCUCCGGAGCUGGUGGGCACUAUGUGCCAAUCAACGUUAGCGAAUUAAUGCCUGAGCCAGCGCUUCCAUCACCUCAAAAAACGGCGAACCGAACUAGCCAAAGCGUUGAGUCGGGCAGUGAGAUCGAAAUCGCACUAUUCUAUGAAAGAGCUUGA